AUGAUGGACCCCAGGUCUAAUGAUGAGCUUUCUUUGUGCGAACGGCCUGAGGAAUGGCUGGAUAAAUUGAUUAAUCGGGACGGCGGAUUCAGAGACUUGGCUUCACGUCUCGGAUUUGAGAGCUCUGCAUCCGGUAAAAUCAGUCUCAGCGGUAUGCGUGAGAUUGACUAUCCGCCAUUGCAAUUCCACGUUGGAGGAGAACUUGAAAUUUCUCAUUGUUUCUCUUUGCCUCCGGAUUUGGUGGAACGAUUCUCCGGCAUACAGAGAAAUUGCCUGAUGGGCAUUUUCACUCCGUGCGAACGCGCUUACGUCACCAUUGACAAUGAGCUAUUCAUGUGGAAUUUUGAGGAUGGCGAAGAUCUUGCUUACUACGAUGGUAUCAAAGACACCAUUAUUUGUGUUGGAUUAGUAACCCCGAAAACAGGUGAGCCGAAAUCCGAUUGA